UGUGUGUGUGUUUCUGUAUAUUCGGCGUUUCUUCGCCCUGCAGCGCGACGCGUCCUUCGUCUUCAUCAUCCUCGUGUUUCAGUAGUGAACGCUCUGACUGGAGGUGAUGAGGAGGUUUUUCAGGGUGGACAGAGAUGAAGAUUUCGGCCAGAUUCAGUAUCUCACUGCUAAAUGUAUCCGACUGUCUCAGGAGAAAGCAGUGCUGCAGCAGGAGCUGCUGGUGUCCGCUGAGCGUCAGCAGGCUCUACAGGCUCAGAUGGAGGUUCUGGCAGUGUGUGUGCGUCAGAAAGAGCAGCUGAACGUUGAGCUGAACAUCAAAUAUGAGCAACUUCAGGAGCGCUUUCAGCUGCAACAGGCGCAGACAGGUGUCCUCAAGCAGUGUGUGUUGUCGGUGACGGAGGACAGGUGUAGGGAUGCGUCUCUGCUGAGUCUGCAGCUGGAGCAGGUGAGCUGUGACCUACAGCAGCUGCAGAGCUCAGAGGCAAAGCUGAUGGGCCUGGUGGACGAGCUGCACCAGGAGGCCCAGCUCAGAGCACAGCAAGCAGAGGUCCUGCAGAUGCAGCUCCACCAGGAGGCUCAGUCAAAGACACAGACCAUAGAAGAGCUGGAGACGCAGCUGAACAGUAAAGCGCAGGAGCUGGCGGAGCUGCAGAUUUCCCAUGAUGCCGUGCUGCAGGAUGUGUGUGUUCAGCGUGGCGCCCACCAGAGGACGCUAGAGGAACUGCGGCGCACAGCGGAUCAGUGUGAGUGGGUGUGUGAGCAGCAGCGGCGCUGGAUGAGCUGCGUCAGAAGGUUUAAGGACUGUCUGUCAGGUGAGAAGGAGUCCCUGGAGCUGCAGGUGAACAGGUUACAGGUGGAGCUGGAGAUUGUCAGGAGGAGUGAACACACUGAACGCUGCAGCAGGUGGGACGAGGAGCUGCAGACUGAAGCAGAGCGAUGGAGAACACUGUAUGAGGAUCUGCUGAAGCUCACCACACAGCAGGGCCAUCAGGCAGCAGUUGGGCACCUCAAACCCCCUUGAGGAUCCACACACACACACACACACACACACACACACACACGGUUUUAAUGGGUAAAGUUUAAAAGGGAUACAGCUGCAGAUACUCACAUCAUUCAUUCAAUCAUUCAUUUUCCUUCGGCUUAGUGCCUUUAUUAAUCAGGGGUCACCACAGCGGAAUGAACCGCCAACUAUUCCAGCAUUUGUUUUACACAGCGGAUGCCCUUCAAGCUGCAACCCAUCACUGGGAAACACCCAUACACCCCCAUUCACACACAUACACUGGGGCCAAUUUAGCUUACCCAAUUCCCCUAUAGCGCAUGUGUUUGGACUGUGGGGGAAACCGGAGCACCCGGAGGAAACCCACACCAACACGGGGAGAACAUGCAAACUCCACACAGAAAUACCAACUGACCCAGCCGGGACUCGAACCAGUGACCUUCUUGCUGUGAAGCAAUUGUGCUACCCAUGUGCCACAGUGACGCCUAAAUGGAUAUAUUUAUUUUUACUUAUUAUUUAUCAUAAAUGUCAGUGCCGUCCGGCAAUCAUGCUGAUUCCUUCAUAUUGUAUAUGACUUUUGACCAGAUGUAUUAAACUAGUGGGGACAGCUCUACGAACACUAUUACAUUCUUUGAAUUGAGAAUGAAAGUCAUGAACAGUUAUAACGCCUUCAUAAGACCGUAAGUUACCAAAAUCAUCAAGUACUGAAAAUAAUCACUUGUAAUUUUUUUUAAAUUGAAAACAAGAAUAAUAAUAACAUCACUGCAUUGAAGAAAAAAUACAAUAACAAAAAAAGAAAGAGAUAAAAAACAAACAAACAC